ACCACAACAGAACCAAAAACACCCACUACAAAGAAAGCAACAUCUACAACAAAACCAAAAACAAUAACGGAACCAACAACCACAACAAAACCAACAACAACCACAACAGAACCAGCAACAACCAAUAUAGAACAAACAACAACCUCAACAAAACCAACAACAACUACAACAGGACCAACAACGUCCAAAACAGAACCAACAAUAACAACAACCGAAACAAAACCAGCAACAACCACAGCAGAGCUAACAACGCCCUCAACAAAACCGAGAUCAACGACAACAAAACCAAUGACACCCACCACAGAACAAACAAGAACCACAAGAAAACCAACAACAACAACAACAGAACCACCACCAACAACAGCAAAAGCAACAACAAGCACAACAGAACCAACAACAACCACAACUGAAUCAGCGAGAACAACAAAACCAACAACACCCACUUCAGAACCAACAACAAACACUUUAGAACAAACAAGAACCACAAGACCAGCAAUAACCACAACAGAAAAAGUAGCAACAACAACCACUACAGAACCAACAACAACCAAAACAGAAUCAACAAUAACCGCUACAGAACCAACAACGCCCACAACAAAACCAAGAAUAACCACAAGUAAACCAAUGGCACCCACUACAGAACAAACAACAACUGCAACAAAACCAACAACAACCACAACAGAACAAACAACAACAACAAUAGCAAAACCAACAACAACAACAGCAAAACCAGCAACAACCACAACAAAACCAACAACAACCACAAUAAAAGCAACAACUACCACAACAAUACCAACAACAACCACAACAGAACCAACAACAAUCACAACAGGCCCAACAACAACCAUAACAGAGCCAUUAACAACCACUACAGAACCAAGAACCAGAAUAAAACCAACAAUGAUCACUACAGAAUCAACAACAUCCACAGCAGAACCUCCAACUGGCACGACAAAGUUUAGAACAACAACCACAACUGAACCAAAAACAGUCACACCACAAGUAUUGACAACAAAAAAAGAACGAGCAACAAUUACGAUAGUACCAAAAACAACACCACUAUAUCCAACAACAGCUGAACGAAAACCAUUAAGAGCAACAAUAGAACCAAUAACAACCACACGAAAACGAACAACAGCAGAACCAACAACAACAGAGCCAACAAUAACCACUCCAAAACCAGUAACCACAACAAAAGCAACAGCGACCACAACAAAAGCAGGAAUAAUAACAGCAGAGCCAACAACAACCACAACAGAACCAAGAAGUACCACAACCAAGUCAACAACAACUGCACUAAAACCUAGCAUAACCACAGCAGAACCAACACCAACCACAACUGAACGAACAACAACCAUAGCAAGGUCAUCAGCUACAGCCACAACUCAGGAAACAACACCAAAACCAAUAACAACCGCAACUAUCACAAGAGGACCAACA